AUGCCUCGCCGUUCUCAUACACGCAGUCACUCAAAAUCCAUUAGUCGUUCGCCUUCACGAAGUCGUUCGAGAACUCGUUCGCCGCCACAUUCACGUUCACAUUAUCGUUCAUCUUAUCAUCAACAUCGUUCUCAUCAUAAUCACGAUCAUGGAUAUCCUCCACCUGCAUCACAUUAUCGCGGAUACGACGGCGGAGAAAAACGUAUUUAUCGUAGUCGAAGUCGUAGUGGUUCAUCUUCGAAACGUUAUGUCGAUGAUAUUGAACGAUUAAAUCCACCAGCAAAUAAAGUAUUGGGUGUUUUUGGCUUAGGUUUAAAUACAGACGAAAGAGAUUUACGUAAAAUGUAUGAAAAAUUUGGACGUGUUGAAGAUGUACGAAUUGUUUAUGAUAGACGGACUGGUAGAUCACGAGGAUUUGGUUUUGUAUAUUUUGACAGAGUUGACGAUGCCAAAGAAGCUAAAAAGGAAACCCAUGGACUAGACAUUGAUGGUCAAAAAAUUCGUGUUGAUUAUUCAUUGACGGAAAAAGCACAUGCUCCUACACCUGGCAUUUAUAUGGGUGCUCGAUAUUAUGGAAGUUCGGGUAGUGGAGGAUCUCGAAAUGGUUAUGGAUCUCAUAGAGGGAGUGGGAGUCGAAGAAGAACACCAUCGUAUGAAAAAUAUAGUCGAUCACGAUCGCGUAAGUAG